AUGUUGUCCGCCGUGAGGUCCGGUGUUCGGGCGCUGCUCCCUGGCCGUUUUGCGGCUCCGAGUUCACGCCUCUACCAUGGGGACGCAGUGGCCACGCUGGGCUCCCAACUCGACAAGGGCUCUGCGCUCUACCAGGAAAACUAUGAACGAAUGAAAGCUCUAGUAACUGAACUUCAUGAGCGAACAGAGCAUAUCCGACUAGGAGGUGGGGAGAAAGCACGGAAACUUCACUUAUCAAGAGGAAAACUAUUACCUAGAGAAAGAAUCAACAGACUCCUAGAUCCAGGAUCUCCAUUCUUGGAGUUUUCUCAGUUUGCAGGUUACCAGUUGUAUGGUAAAGAAGAAGUCCCAGCAGCCGGAAUUAUUACGGGCAUUGGCCGAGUUUCAGGAGUGGAAUGCCUAAUUGUUGCCAAUGAUGCCACUGUCAAAGGUGGAACCUAUUACCCAGUGACAGUGAAAAAACACUUACGUGCCCAAGAAAUUGCCUUGGAAAACAAGCUCCCUUGCUUGUACUUAGUUGAUUCGGGAGGUGCAAACUUACCUCGACAAGCAGAAGUAUUUCCAGAUCGAGAUCAUUUUGGUCGUAUAUUCUAUAAUCAAGCAAUUAUGUCUUCUAGAAAUAUUUCACAGAUAGCAGUAGUAAUGGGAUCGUGUACAGCAGGAGGAGCUUAUGUCCCUGCAAUGGCUGAUGAAAGUAUUAUUGUUAAGAAGCAGGGUACCAUUUUCCUGGGAGGACCUCCCUUGGUUAAAGCAGCAACUGGUGAAGAGGUAUCAGCUGAGGACCUUGGAGGUGCUGACUUGCAUUGCAGGAAAUCUGGAGUAACUGAUCACUAUGCUUUGGAUGAUAGUCAUGCACUUCACUUGGCAAGGAAAAUUGUGAGGAGCCUAAACUAUAAUAAGAAAUUAGAAGUGACAGUAGAACCUUCUGAAGAGCCUUUAUUUCCUAUAGAUGAGUUAUAUGGAAUAGUUGGAGAUAACCUCAAGAGGACCUUUGAUAUCCGAGAGGUCAUUGCUAGGAUUGUGGAUGGAAGCAGAUUUGAUGAAUUUAAAGCCCUCUAUGGAGAUACCUUAGUCACAGGAUUUGCUAGAAUAUUUGGCUACCCAGUGGGAAUUAUUGGAAACAAUGGAGUUCUUUUCUCAGAAUCUGCAAAGAAGGCAACUCACUUUAUUCAGUUAUGCUGCCAAAGAAAAAUUCCUCUUGUAUUCCUUCAGAAUAUUACUGGAUUUAUGGUUGGUAAAGAAUACGAAGCUGGAGGAAUAGCGAAGGAUGGAGCCAAGAUGGUGACUGCUGUAGCCUGUGCCAAUGUACCUAAAAUUACCAUCAUCCUUGGAGGAUCUUAUGGUGCUGGAAAUUAUGGGAUGUGUGGCAGAGCAUAUUCUCCAAGAUUUCUCUACAUUUGGCCAAAUGCUCGAAUCUCAGUGAUGGGAGGAGAACAAGCUGCAAAUGUUUUAGCCACAAUAGCAAGGGACCAAAAAACAAGAGAAGGAAAGGAGUUUUCCAGGGAAGAAGAAGCUGCUUUAAAGGACCCUAUCAUUAAAAGGUUUGAAGAAGAAGGAAAUCCUUACUACUCUAGUGCAAGGCUGUGGGAUGAUGGAAUUAUUGACCCAGCUGAUACCAGACUGGUCUUGGGUCUCAGUAUUAGUGCAGCGCUCAAUGCCCCAAUUGAGAAGACCAACUUUGGAGUUUUCAAGAUGUAAUAGGAUUGUAGGGAUUUUUCCUGUGGACAUUUACUAAAAGAUACGAAUUAGAGGCCUUGAAAGUUCAGACAUUUUUUAAUGUAAUGGUGCAAUAAAAAAUUCCAUCCCUUUGGGUUAUUUUAAAGAAUAUACAUACUAGCUUUUAUUUUCAGUCAGACACUUAUUCAAAAAUAAAUUGGUGAGUAUUCUACUUCAAUGAAUCUAAAUUUAUUUUGAGUUUUCUUUGAGUGGCCUAGAGUGGCCACUCAAAAAUAAUAUGUGAAUUUUCCUCUGAUAGGUAUGUUGUGAGGAUGAAUGAAUUCAUAUUAUAGCUUCAUAAAUCAUUCAUCUGCCACUUAUAAACUGCAACUUUGGGCAAGUCACUUGAUUUCUUUGGGCUUUAGUUUUCUAAUUGACAUAUUAGACCAUAUAACCAUCAAGGUUUCCUCCAAGAAUAAAUCAGUGAUGUAGAAAUUUUAUGUUAUAAAUUCUAUAAGAAAGGAUUAUCUAUGUAAAUCAGACAUUCUGGAGAGUAUUAUUUAAGACUUUAUUUUCACAGAAAUGAAUGAUUUCUCAGUUUUGUAUGAUAAUAUUUUGAAGCUAAUAAUGAAAAAUCAUAGGCCAUUUUGGUUUUUCCUGGUCACUGUAACCUUAAAGUUAAAUGAUUUUUAAUAAAACUUAAUAACUACAGAAUGUUUCACCUAAUAAAAUCAAUGAUAUUAAAA